AUGGUGCCGGGGGUCGUGUACGCGCUGCUGGCGGGUUUUCUCGGGGCCGUGGCUUCGUCUUCGGCCAAACUGUCUCUGGGAGCGGACUAUCUGAAGGGCGUUUGUGAGAGCGGGCUGCGGACAUGGGGCGAGCAACGGCGCUUCAGACAUGCGGACGAGACCUCUGCAUGUGACAGGCUGCACAUUCCUCUGCGGCUGCUCUGUGGGGGGCUGCUCUUCACCUGUAACGCUGUGAUGUGGACUUUUCUGGCCAAAGCUCUCAGGAACUCCUCUUCCUCGGCCCAAACCACUGUGACCACCACCGCCUCCAACUUUGUCUCUUCCGCAUUUCUGGGGCAGCUGAUCUUCGGCGAGGCCCAGAUGACGCUGUGGUGGGUGGGCAUCUCUCUCACCUUCACGGGGGUCCUGGUUCUCCACCGAGCCUCACCGCAGGAGCCGACCGCCAACACCGACGACAAGAGGGAGGACUAG